UGGCCUCACCCAGACAGGAAAACAGCAGAGGCCUCAGGGGAGUAGAGACAAUUCCCUUCUUUCUACUGAAGAAAGAUGUGGCUAAUAACUGUUACCGCCUCUUGAUACCUCUUCAGAUUCUUAAUCAAGUACCAACUCCAUGGAUCUAGGACAGGUUUGUCCUGUGGCCUGCUCUGAACAGUGUGUUUUCUGACAGAAGAUUCCAUUGGCAAACCAUCUCUUGCCUUACAGAGCGAGCAAAGAAGAUGGAUCUAUUGAAGAGCCAUCUGACUGUGUGCUUUCCACCUUCUGUGCCCUUUCUAAUCCUAGCGUCCACUCUAGUAACUGCUGAGAAUGUGACUACCAGCACUUUAAAUGGCACUGGCGUGCUCUGGGGCUCUGUGCCUGUAAUCCUCACCAGGACCGACCAUGUCAUAGUCAAGGAGGGGAACAGCGCCCUGAUUAAUUGUAGUGUUUAUGGCAUGCCCGACCCAGAGUUUAAGUGGUUUAAUUCCGUUGGCAAACUGCUAAAAGAAGAAGAGGAUGAGAAGAAGAAAGUAAGAGGAAAAUGGCAAAUGCUAGAUGGAGGCUUCUUGAACAUCACCAAGGUGUCUUUCUCAGACCGAGGUAAAUACACAUGCAUGGCUUCUAACAUUUAUGGCACCGUGAACAACACGGUGACCCUGAGGGUCAUCUUUACCUCUGGAGACAUGGGUGUCUACUACAUGGUCGUGUGCCUCGUGGCCUUCACCAUCGUCAUGAUCCUGAACAUCACCCGCCUGUGCAUGAUGAGCAGCCACCUGAAGAAGACCGAGAAGGCCAUCAACGAGUUCUUCAGGACAGAAGGCGCCGAGAAGCUGCAGAAGGCAUUUGAGAUCGCCAAGCGGAUCCCCAUCAUCACCUCAGCCAAGACUCUAGAGCUUGCCAAAGUGACCCAGUUCAAAACCAUGGAGUUUGCCCGGUACAUCGAAGAGCUUGCCAGGAGCGUGCCUCUGCCUCCUCUCAUCAUGAACUGCAGGACCAUCAUGGAGGAGAUCAUGGAGGUGGUCGGGCUGGAGGAGCAAGGCCAGAACUUUGUGAGGCAUACCCCAGAAGGCCAGGAGGCCACAGACACAGAUGAGGUCUAUACAAUCCCCAACUCUCUAAAGCGGAGCGACUCUCCCACCGCCGACUCAGAUGCCUCGUCCCUGCAUGAACAGCCUCAGCAGAUCGCCAUCAAGGUGUCUGUUCACCCCCAGUCCAAAAAGGAUCAUGUGGAUGACCAAGAGGGUGGACCGUUUGUGGACAAAGAUGAAGAGGAGACCGAACCGUCAGCAGACCAUUCCCCAGAAACAGCUGAGCCUUCUACAGACAUAACGACCACCGAGAUAACAUCUGAAGAGGCCACUCCUACAGAAGGGUCAGAACAAGGACUGCCACCAGCUCACCUGGAAACAACAGAGCCAGCAACGACAGAUGACACAAACACCUGCAUUAUUUACGAAAGCCAUGUCUAAUAUUAACUCUGAAAAGCUAUGCAUAUCCAGAAAAUCAGGGGCUGCUCCAUGUAAUACAGAUGUCGUAUGCACUUGCCGCUAAGCCUUACCAGGAGACUCAUCCCUUAGGUAGGAGUGGUGCCACACGAAAAGGGAGAAAUGCCUGCCUACAGCUCAUGUGACUGGACUUGUCUCGGUAGAAAAGGAUGUGAGACAUAUUGAGGUGCAGCACUGAUAAGAUGGGCAGAAGAUCUCUAUGUGAUCUGAAUUUUAGAGGCCAUUCUCUACCAAAUCCCCUAGUUGGUGAUGCCCUUUUGGCAAACAGUACACUGUUGUAAGACAUUCUGAGUGCAGGAGCCCUGUCCACUGCUUACUGCAUUGCUUUUCCUUUUAAGAAUCAUAGCUCUGCUACAGUAGCCAAUGCUCGCACUUUCUUCUCAGUCUUAACUACCUUCACUGUUCCUUUGUAAUGGAGUAGUGACUAUUAACACUAAUUGCUGUCUCUGCUUUAGUCUUUACCACUUUGGUCCUUAUUUUUCCCUACUAUGUUUACCUCAGAGGCUUGGUUAUUGGUCACUGGUUCCAUGACUGAUGAUUACAAGCCAUUUGUAAUGUUCCAAAGUAGUUACUGGACUUUUUUUUUUUCUUUCCCCCUUCUUUUUUUUUUUUUUU